AUGCGUGUCCGUGCAGGGUCGUUCAAGAGCGAGCUCGGACCGGGCCCCUGCACUCCCUGCCGCAAUGAGAAAUUCACUUCCCUUCCCGGCUCAGUUUCGGAGGCAGACUGCUUCUGCAAUCCAGGAUACAUCACGUACGCAAUCCAGCUUCCCCCUCCCCCGUCUAUGCAGACACACCUCUCUCUUCCUCUGUGCAGGAAUCGCAACGACAGUCAGUGCUACGAGUGUGAAGGGGGUCUCGACUGCUCGGAGCCCUUCCCGUUCCACCCCCGCGUGGAGCCUGGCUACUACCAGCUUGAGGUCACUCUCUCCAUCCUUCCUGAACACGUCCAUCAAGAUGAGCAUGAGCAGGAUCGCGAUGUGAGGACGCAGCGAUGGGAGUGGAAUGCUAGCCAUUACAUUGCGCUGCCGAAGCUCGCUGAACUAGGAAGGCCGGUCGGCAACGAUACCUACACACGAAAAAUGACCUCGUAAGCACACGACGCCAAAAGCGCAGCUAACAGGACAGCCACGGGAGUGGAGGGCAGUCACUUGUGGCGUCAUGUGUGUGCCGACAUAUAUAGGUAUGAUGCGGGUAUCACGGCGUUGCCCGUUGUUGUGGAGUGUCUUGCGCGCGAUGCCUGUCUGGGGACCGAUCCUGACACAGGACUCAAUUUGUGCAAGGUAGGUAUGGUAGGUAUGGGUAUGUCGAGCGAUGCCUACACGUGUUGCUGUUGGUUGGUGUGUAUGCGUGCGCUGCAGAAGGGUCAGCAUGGUUUUCUGUGCGGUGCCUGUGAGGGUCACUAUACGCGUACAAGCCCAUUCUAUUCAUGCGCCACGUGCAACACUUAUGCUCAGAGCAUGGCCGCAAUAGUCGUCGCGAACUUCGUGGCCCUCGGCUUCAUAUUCGGCUUGACGUUUCUCUCGCAACGGUGA